CAGCGCAUGCGCAUUGGCUCAGUCCACCUACCGGAAGCAGCUGCCUCGGAUACCGGAAGAAUCGCACUGGACGCCUGAAAAGAGCAACCGUGUGGAUGAAGAAUUACGCCAGUAUAUGAAGGGCGCGGGGCGCCGGAUUAAUGGGCAAAACAUCUACAUGGAUCACAGGAGCUCAUGGUAGGAAACCUCUGUUUAACAGGCGCAGAGAAUGGCCUUUCUGGACAACCCCCUGAUAAUAUUGGCCCACAUCCGCCAAUCCCAUGUCACCAGCGAUGACACUGGCAUGUGCGAAAUGGUUCUCAUUGACCAUGAUGUGGAUUUGGAGAAGCUGUAUCCGUCGUCAUUUCCUGGAGAUAACGCUACACAGACCCAAGGGAAUGGAGGAGAGACUCAGGGCUUUGUCUAUGCCCAGUCUGUAGAUAUCACGUCAAGCUGGGAUUUUGGAAUAAGAAGAAGGUCAAACACGGCUCAGAAACUGGAACGUCUGCGAAAAGAAAGACAGAGUCAGAUUAAGUGUAAGAACGUGCAAUGGAAGGAUCGGAACACAAGUCACUCCGCUGAAGAGUUGAGCUCAUUGUUUGAAAAGAAAAACUUCAAGGAGAAAGUGUUAAGCUCCGGAAAGCCGUCUAUACUGUCUGUGCGUCUGGAACAGUGUCCCUUACAGCUAAACAACCCAUUUAAUGAGUACUCCAAAUUCGAUGGCAAGGGCCACGUUGGAACCACAGCCACUAAGAAAAUUGAUGUAUACCUCUCCAUGCAAACCAGCCAGGACAAGCUACUUCCCAUGACUGUGGUGACCAUUGCGAACGCCAAGGUCCACGACCUCAUCGGCCUCAUCUGCUGGCAGUACACAACCGAGGGACGGGAGCCUAAACUCAAUGAUAACGUGGACUCGUACUGCCUGCAUAUUGCUGAGGACGAUGGAGAAGUUGAUACAGAUUUCCCCCCUUUGGACUCCAAUGAACCCAUACACAAGUUUGGAUUCAGCACCCUGGCUCUCGUGGAGAAGUAUUCUUCCCCUGGACUGGCUGCAAAGCAGUCGCUCUUCGUCAAGAUAAACGCAGCCCAUGGUUUCUCCUUGAUCCAGGUGGACAGUACAAAUGUGACCAUGCGGGAGAUCCUGGAAAAAGCCCUGAAGCGAAGGAAGGGAUCUCAGAGAAAUUCAGGUCCGCAGUACAGGUUGGAGAAGCAGAGUCAGCCGAACGUCUCUGUAGAUCUGGACAGCACCCUGGAAAAUCAGAAUUCCCUGGAGUUCUGCCUGGUGCGAGAGAACAGUUCCCGAGGUGAAGAACCCCAAGAGGAAGAGACCCAGAUAGAUAUAGCCACCGUGCAGGACAUGCUGAGCAGUCACCACUACAAGUCAUUCAAAGUCAGCAUGAUCCAUCGGCUGAGGUUCACAACAGACGUCCAGCUGGGAAUCUCUGGUGAGAAGGUUGAGAUUGACCCAGUGACCAAUCAGAAAACCAGCACCAAGUUCUGGAUUAAACAAAAGCCGAUCUCCAUUGAUUCUGACCUGCUGUGUGCAUGCGACCUUGCGGAAGAAAAAAGUCCUAGCCAUGCAAUGUUCAAGCUCACCUACUUGAGUAACCACGACUACAAACACCUAUACUUUGAGUCUGAUGCUGCCACGGUCAACGAGAUUGUGCUAAAGGUUAAUUACAUCCUGGAGUCACGGGCCAGUACAGCCCGAGCAGAUUAUUUUGCCCAGAAACAAAGGAAACUCACUAGAAGAACCAGCUUCAGCUUCCAAAAGGAGAAGAAGGCAGGCUAGAAGGACAAGCUGGGCCCUGAGGUGGGCAUACAGGACUCCAGACCCCUCAGGCAGUGUAGUCUCAUGCUACCUGCGCUCUCUAAGGACACACGGAAACGUCAGUCACGAAUCUGAUUAUGGCGACGGAGCGACAUGUACAACCCAAAGUCAAAUUUUAACCCUUUCCUGUAUUGAGGAUUUUUCCAAUAAACAUCCCACUGCUUUUCCUUGCUGCUGUCACACACAGAUGUGAUACGCAGGUAAUCUUACGUCUGUCGCCUCAAAAGGAUCAGCCUCUGAAUAAUCGUAUACAGGUGGAUAUGCUGGAAUUCAGCCCAUCAUACCCACACUUUUUUUUACUGGUAAGCCAUUGAAACUGGUGUAAAGACUUGGGCUGUUAUAGAAUUGGAUUUCUAUAAUAAAGUAAGUAGGAACGUGUACCUGUCUGA